AUGGAGGCAGGAUACAUCGCAGAUACCAGCAUCACGGCAGCGUCUGUCGCUCACGGUGGUCUGGAGCCGUACAACGGGCGGCUGAACGGUGUGAGAGGACAUGGCGCCUGGGCAGGAACUCAAGUUAUCGGCGAGUGGCUACAGGUUGAUUUAGGAGGUGUUGUCAAGGUGCAUGGAGUCAUCACUCAAGGUCGGAUGAAUGCUGACCAGUGGGUGACGCAGUACAAGCUUCAGUUCAGCUUGAACGAAACCUCCUGGACAACCUACAAGGAUUCUGAUGGGUCAGAUAAGGUCUUCGCAGGCAACACAGAUCGUACUACCGCGGUAACUCACACCCUCCGCCCGCCGGUGUCCACCUGGUACAUCCGCUUUGUCGCACAGAGCUGGUCCGGAUAUGUCGCCAUGAGGGUGGAAGUUCUGGGCUGUAUGGACACCGGUUGUCUAGAGCCGCUGGGACUGGAGAGUGGACGUAUCAAGGACAGCAGUAUCACAGCAUCGUCAUCCUGGAGCAACACUCAUCAUUCGUACUUCGCCCGGCUCAACAAAAUCAUAGGGACGGGAAGCUGGGUAGGAGGUGUCAACACUCCAGGACAGUGGCUACAGGUUGACUUGGGCGGAGUAGCGAAGGUCCAGGGAGUUAUAACUCAGGGUCGGGCGAAUACUGGCCAGUGGGUGAAGUCAUACAACCUCCGGUUCAGUUGGGAUGAAACCUCCUGGACAACCUACAAGGACUCAGACGGGUCAGAUAAGGUUUUUACGGGAAACACGGACACUAUCACCGAGGUAACUCACGUCCUCCGCCCGCCGGUUUCUACCAGAUACAUCCGGUUUGUUGUCCAGAGCUGGAACCGACAUCAAAGCAUGAGAGUAGAAGUCCUGGGGUGUAUGGACACUGGUUGCCGAUCACCCUUGGGAAUGGAGUCCCGACACGUUCUGGACGACAGAAUAACCGCGUCGUCUGAACAUGGUGGUGAGACGUGCAGGACGAGUCUGGGCCGGCUGAACCAGGCGGGCACUGCGGCCUGGUGUGCGGGGAAUACCACAGCCGGAGAGUGGAUACAGGUUGAUCUGGGCUUUUCCAUGGUUUCGGGAGUGGUGACACAAGGUCGAGACGCCCUACUGAUUGCAAGUGUACCGCAAUAUGUGACGUCAUACAAGCUCCUGUUUAGCAACGACGGCGACUCCUGGACAACAUACAGGGACUUGGACGGCUUGGAUAAGGUUUUCACAGGUAACAGUGAUGCGACGACCCCCGUUGUUCAGGCCCUUCACCCGCCUGUCACUACCAGGUACAUCCGCGUGGUGGCGCUAACCUGGCACAACUGGAUCAGCAUGAGGCUGGAGGUCCUGGGCUGCUACGGCGUCGGUAUAUCGGACUAUUGA